AUGGAGGCGCUGCUGGGGCCGAAGUUGUUGCACGGCUCGCAGGAGGUGGCCACGUCAUCCCUGGAGCGAGGAGUGGUUGGCCUCUACUUCUCGGCCCAUUGGUGCGGCCCCUGCCGCAACUACACGCCCCAGUUCCGCAAGGUCUACGAGCGCGCCAGGGCCGCGGGCCGCGCCUUUGAGGUGGUCUUCAUCUCGAGCGACCAUGACGAGGCGAGUUUUCGAAGUUACUUCAGCGGCAUGCCCUGGCACGCUGUUCCCUUCUCGGACCGCCUGCGCCAGCAGCAGCUGUCCAGCGUCUUCAAGGUCCAGGGUAUCCCCAGCCUCAUCUUGCUGGAUGCGAACGGCCAGGUUUGGAACCCCAACGCCCGGGGCACGGUGAUGCAGCCGAGCUUCCUGGGCUCCCUGCCGCGGCGCGUGGAUCUUGAGGCGCAGAGGCUGCCGCAGCCGGAGGAAGCGGUGCCCAUCUGCGUGCGGCACAAAGGCAGGGAGAUGGAGAUCGAGUGCGAGCCAGGCGAGGGCUGGGAGAUCCUGCGGAUGCAGAUCUUCUCGCUGACCGAGGUGCCAGAGGAGCAGAUGAAACUCUUCGGGCUUGGCCUGGACCAAGGCCUGCUGGACGACUCGGUGCCUCUCCCCGUGGCCCUGGCGCGCGCCAGGGCCGCGGCCCGCGGCAGCGGCCUGCGCCUGGCCAAGGUGCCGCCGGAGCGGCGCCGGGCCUCGUCCACGCACAACGCGGAGAAGAUCGCGGCGCAGCACGGCACCUUGGAGUCCGGGACCGCCUGGGGCGCCAACAAGGAGGACCAGACCUCCUGGUACCAGCUGGACCUGGGAGCGGUCCAAGACGUAUCCGGGGUGCUGGUGGCCUCCCGUGUGGAUUGCCCGCAGUGGAUCACCAGGUUCAGAGUUGCGCUGGCGGAUGUGGAGGAGGGGCCGUGGGCCCAUGCGGACGGCGGCCGGGAGUUCGACGGGCCAUCGCUGCUGGCCUCGACAAGGGCGGUCUUUCACUGUUCCAAGCGAGCUCGCUUUGUGCGGAUCGAACCUUUGAGCUUCAAGGGCCACUGCUCCCUGCGUGCAGACGUGCUGCUGGCAGAUGGUGCGGAGCCCGACAAGCCGACGCUUGUGGUGCUCGGGAACUUCAGCGCGGGCGACCCCUUUGAGAUCACGGAGGCGAAGCCGGACGCCAUGGUGGAGGAACAGCAUUUGGCCUUCCUUCAGGCGAAGCUCAGCGCAAUGCCGGCGAAGCUCCAGUCCCAGGCCGGCCAGCUGCAGAUGGUGCAGCGCUACGAGCUCUGGGACUUGCAGCGCCAGGCUCUGGAGGAGAUCCCCGUGUGCGGCAUCGAUGCCGGCAUCGACGGCUCGGAGAGUCACUGCCUCGAAGCCUCGGAGUCUGGGUUUGAGAGAAAGGGGGUGCAUGAGGUGGCCCCCAAGACCGACCGUCCGGGUGAGACGGGGGAUGCGGUGAGGGAGGGGGAUCCGAUAUGUCGAAACCCGGAGGGCUUGGCCUUGGAUCUUUCGCGCUCGCGCGCUUGGCGCGACGACUCCGCGGCCAUGGGGCGACGCCUGGUGCGGGUGGCAGCAGUGGCCAUGGCGGCUAUGGCGGCAAGCACCUUCGUGUUGACCGCGGAUGAGACACCGCAAGUCAGGCAGUCAUUCACAGGCAUCCGGUCCAAAACUCGGAUGACUUGGCUGUCGAGAACGAGACUGCAGGAUUUCGGAAGGCAGGAGUUCAUGUCUGCGCUGCCCGGACAACUUACGGACCUCAGGAUCCUGCACAGCGUGAUGGGCGCGCUGGCGCUGGGCGGUGGUCUGUGGCUUGCGCGAGAAACGUGGCCACUUGGAGGCCCUCGCCUCCUCCUUUGGCACCGUUGCCCUGAGCGUUUCUUCGCGGUCCACGCUGCCUCUGGUGGCGGCCUGGUCUGGGGCAGGGGCCGGGGCCUUCCACACGCUGAGCGGCCCGGACCACCUGGCGGCCUUGGCGCCGCUGGCGCUGAAGAACUCCAGCGCGGGGCCUGGGAAGGCCUUCCGCACAGGCGUUUUCUGGGGAUCUGGACAUGUUCUUGGGCAAGUGCUCCUCGGGACGACUAG